AUGCUAGACCACGGAACCCCGGAGAACGCCGCCACCGACCCCAUCGAGUCGUUGCGCCACCGGCUGCGACACUCGGCGGCUCACGUCAUGGCCGAUGCGGUAAUUCAGUUGUUUCCGGAAGCCAAAGUCGGAAUCGGGCCGCCGACCGCUGAUGGUUUUUACUACGAUUUCGAAGUGGAUCGUCCCUUCACUCCGGAAGACCUGGAACGCAUUGAAGCGUUGAUGCUUGAGACUAUCAACACCAACGCCUCCUUCAUCCGCGAAGAACUGGGCCGCGAUGCGGCGCAAGCCAUGUUUUCUGCGCAACCUUUCAAGCAGGAGAUCAUCGACGACCUGCCGGACGAAACUACGCUGAGCAUCUACCGGCACGGCGCAUUCACCGAUUUGUGUCAAGGCCCCCACGUCGACAGCACCGGCGAAAUCGCGGCCGUCAAGCUGCUGCACACCGCGGGCGCCUAUUGGCGUGGCGACGAGAAACGCCCGAUGCUACAGCGCAUCUACGGUACCGCCUUUGAGUCCCAGCAGGAACUGGACGCUCACCUGGAAAGGUUGGCCGAGGCCGAGCGGCGCGACCACCGCACGCUAGGCCGCCAACUCAACCUGUUCACCGUCCACGAGGAAAUCGGCCCCGGAUUGAUCCUCUGGCACCCCAAAGGCGGGGUGAUGCGCUCGUUGAUUGAAGAUUACUGGCGGGACAUACACUACCGUAAGGGUUACAGCAUCGUGUACUCGCCUCAUAUCGGGCGGGCCCGGCUUUGGCAAACCAGCGGGCACCUGGAUUUUUACCGGGAAAGCAUGUACGCACCGAUGGAGAUCGACGAACAGGAAUACUUCCUCAAGCCAAUGAACUGCCCGUUUCAUAUCCAGAUUUAUCGGUCGGCGCUCCGCAGCUACCGUGAAUUGCCAAUGCGCAUCGCCGAGCUGGGCACCGUUUACCGAUACGAGCGAAGCGGAGUGCUGCACGGCAUGAUGCGCGUGCGAGGCUUUACCCAGGACGACGCCCAUAUUUUCUGCCUGCCUGAUCAGGUGGCCAGCGAGGUCGGCGAUGUGUUGGACCUCACGUUCGAGAUUAUGGCUGCUUUUGGUUUCGACGAAUACGACAUCAUGCUGUCCACGCGGCCUGAGAAAUACGUUGGUGAGCCAGAUACCUGGGACCACGCCACUGAGUCGCUGCGGGAAGCGCUGGUGUCCCGGCAGCUGAGCUACGGCAUCGAUGACGGCGGUGGCGCAUUCUACGGGCCAAAAAUCGACAUCAAAAUCAAGGAUGCCCUGGGGCGAGACUGGCAGUGCACGACGGUUCAGUUCGACUUCAACCUACCGGAACGCUUUGAUCUGACCUUCCAGGAUGACCAAGGCAACCGCUCGCGUCCCUACAUGGUGCAUCGCGCUAUCCUGGGUUCGCUGGAACGAUUCUUCGGGGUGCUGGUGGAGCACUACGCCGGGGCGUUUCCCCUUUGGCUGGCGCCGGUGCAGGCGGUGGUCAUUCCCAUCGCUGACCGCCACAUCGAGUACGCCCAGCAGGUGUCGACGGAACUGCAGGAUGCCGGCUUCCGAGUGGAGGUGGAUGACCGAAGCGAGCGGAUGAACCUGAAAAUUCGCCAGGCCCAGUUGCAGAAAACACCAUACAUGCUCGUAGUCGGCGACCGCGAAUCGGAAGCUGGAGCGGCAGCCGUUCGCACCCGUGACGGCGAAGACUUGGGAGCCUUACCGAUGAGUGAUGUGCUGGAGCGGUUGGAGUCCGACCUGGAAGGCACUCCGGUUUCAAAGCUGCGUAGCCGACGGUAG